UGUUGCUGUUGGUGUGUUUUGUUUGUUUGUUUGUUUGUUUGUUUGUUUUGCAAAACUUAUCUUUAAUCCACAUCCAUUUCCUAGCAAUCAUUCUGAAAAUUCACACGUUAACGUUGAACUCGUUCUGAAUAUUUACACUUUUUUUUUUUCCCCAGGUCUGUAAAGUGCCAUUUUAAAUGCCAUAUCUCAUGCAGACUCUGUGCAUGUAUAAACUGUAUAUGAUGUACGCAUAACCUCGUCUCAGCCUAUGAAAUCGUGAACUGUUCACAAACCCUUCCUCACAAAACCUUCAGAAAUGCGUUUCAUUUUAUUUAUUUAUUUAUUUAUAUUUUUUUGCUAAGCAUUUCGUAUGGGCACGUUACGGUCACGUGACCAACACGUCAGUCGCUCAGGAAGGACCGUCAAGAGAAUAUAUAUUUUAUUUUUCUCCCCCUUGCAGGAACAUAACCCGAGAAACCCGAGCAGAUUGCGCGGUGAGAGGCGGUUUAGAGGGGGCAUCAUGGACGUGUCCGGCCACAGCCUUUUCCUCCUGCAGCAGCUCAAUGUCCAAAGGGAGUUUGGUUUCCUGUGUGACUGCACGGUUGCCAUUGGAAACGUGUACUUCAAGGCCCAUCGAGCAGUGCUGGCUGCCUUUUCCAACUACUUCAAGAUGAUCUUCAUCCAUCAGUCCAGCGAGUGUAUUAAGAUCCAGCCCACCGACAUCCAGCCAGACGUCUUCAGCUACCUGUUGCACAUCAUGUACACAGGCAACGGCCCCAAGCAGCCUGUGGAUCAGGGUCGGUUACAGGACGGGAUCAAGUUCCUCCACGCGUACCAGCUGUGCCACAAAGCAACUGACGGUGGAUCUGACGCCUCCUCAGACCCCAUCCGCAUAUCCAACCUGUACGGCAUCCAGAUCUCUUCCCAGCUCGGCACUAAAGAGUCGCCGGGCAUGAAGGCUAGCGGGGCACGGGAACCUGAAGACAGGCGAGGUGGCUCGCGUAGCCGUCCGCUGCCAGCGUUAUCAGGGAUCGAAGGGCACACGUCGGAGCACCAGUCCCUCAGUCUGCGCGCCAUCACCUCAGGGGACGAGUGUGACAUCUUGUCACGGAUCAAGCAGGAAGAGGAGGAGCCGGAUGAGGGUGAGGAACCACGAGCGCCUGCGUCCCUGCCUUCGACCCAAGGGAGCCCGUGCCAAGCUGGUGGUUUUAAGGAUGGCCCUCUGGCGCUGCUGUGUCCUCAAUGUGGAGAACGAUGCCUCUCUCCUGAGGGACUACAGGAACAUCUUUUCACCCACGCGGCAUGCGCCCUCAUGGAAGGACCUUCCGAAGACAGCAGGGGGGACAUUAAAGGACCAAUGGAAGAGCGACAGUGCCACGCACUAGCAGACGAGUUGGCGUCAGAGAUAAGGCGAGGUGCGGCAGGCACAGGAAGUCCACCUGCGGGCUUUACACGUAAAAGAAAGAUGGCAUGCGCAGUCUGCAACUUGCGCUUUUCACAGAAGAGCCAGCUGCAGGAGCACAUGUUCGCCCAUGUGGGCAAGCCACUGCGGCAACAUCGUUAUGGGCGCUUCGGUGAACCGCUGAUCCAUCCCAGCGAGGGAACGUCAGAAAUCGACGAAGUUGCCCAGGAUAAUGGCAGCUCGUGCUACUCGCUGGACUCAGAAGUCUCUCAUGAGAGCGUAGAUGCCGUGGCGGUGGAAUGA